AUGUCCAAUAUAGGGAUUUUCAACAUGGCAUUACCGCCCGAGACGGCUCCGCAUCUCAAAAUGGAAUCUGGACCGGUGCAGGCCCUACGAGAGCACUUGAUGCGAUCUCUUUCGCUCCGCGUCUUGAACGUCCCCCAGCCUCCCAAGGUUGGCUCGGUAUCAGAAGACGAGGUUGAUACUAGAAUUGCCGUCCUCUUCUCGGGUGGGCUAGAUUGCACCGUCCUCGCCCGCUUGGCGAGCGAGCUGCUGCCUCUAGAGCAAGGCGUUGACCUCCUCAAUGUGGCCUUUGAGAACCCUCGCCUAGCCGCGAGACUCGACCCUUCGAGCGACCCUUUGGCCAUUUACGAAGCAUGCCCUGACCGCAUUACAGGGAGAAGAUCUUUCAAGGAACUACUCACCUGCUGCCCGGGGAGGCGGUGGCGAUUUAUUGCAGUUAAUGUACCGUACUCGGAGACCCAAGGUCACCGGAGCGAGAUCGUGUCGCUCAUGCAUCCUCACAACACUGAAAUGGAUCUGUCGAUCGCAUAUGCUUUAUAUUUUGCGGCGAGGGGCGCUGGGAUUGGUCAGAUCGACCCUGAAACGCCCAGCGGCUGCCAACAUGUUUCGACGCCGGCUAGGGUGCUGCUCUCGGGGUUGGGCGCCGACGAACUUUUGGCGGAUACGUGCGGCAUGCCACCGCCUUUGGGCGUAGGGGCUACGAAGGCCUACUCGAGGAGCUCAAGCUGGACGUCGGCAGGCUCGUGGGCUAUCGAAGCUCCCGCUUGGGAAAAGUGCGACUUUGCCACCACGGCAGCGACAACAGCCGGGGAGGGCAUCGAGCUUGAUCCGGAGAAGAGGGUCUUGCGCCUCCUCGCCGCCCAACUAGGCAUGAGGAACGUGGCGGGAGAGAAGAAGAGAGCGAUUCAAUUUGGGUCCAGAACCGCCAAGAUGGAGAGUGGAAAGAUCAAAGGUACGCAUAUCAUUACCGGACCAUAG